GGCGGGACCCGCUGGAUGGAUGACUGGAGUUUCCCUUGCGGUCUGAAGAUUAAUGGAAGGGUCUGUUGAUUUAAGUAAUCGACUAUCAGGUGAUCGGUACCAUUGCACUUGACGGCUGGAUUAGGAAUGAAUGGAGGGGCAUCCAUUUGAAACAGCCAUCGGGGGAAAUCGCGAAUAACCCUGGUACCACUUUUUGUCAUCCUGGCCUCAACUGAAGAAGGCCUGCCUACAUAGAGAUAGCACCUAGGUAGGUCAGGCCAGGAUACGACUGCGAGGGACGCUAACAGCUAACACUAGCCUGCUCGUUUGACAGACGGAAAACGGCUUUCGACGGUCUGUCCAAUGGUUCUGACUGGAUUUUAGAUAAAGCAAGCCUUGUCUGGGAAUUAAGAACAGUCGAGCGUCGUCUCAACCUGCAGACUCUCGCAAGUGGAAAUUGCCAGGCUAAAGCUAUUACGCUAACGUUCGCUGUCCAUCUCUGCUAGUGUUAGCCGCCGUGCUAGACUAGCUAACUCAAAGCGUUAGUUUCAGCUGCGGACUUGGAUAAGACACUCGCUCGCCUCGAGUGUUUCUGGAUCUGUUGUGCGAAGGUGCUUGAAGGCGCGCACAGUUACACACUAUAAUUAUUUAAUAAUGAUAGCUGUUAGCUAGUAGCCAGCUUGUGAACACAUCGACUGCGGUAAGAGGAGGUAUCGCAUCACUCUACGACUUGUGAAGGGAAACUCAGCCCGAACCCAGGGAGUCCACUAUCGGCCUGCUGCCAUCAUGGGCAACACGCCCACCGCAAAGAAGGGCAAUGAGAUGGAGAGCGUGAAGGAGUUUCUUGCCAAAGCCAAAGAAGAUUUCCUGAAGAAAUGGGAGAAUCCAUUACAGCAAACUGCAGCAUUGGACCACUUUGAGCGUUUGAAGACCUUAGGCACUGGUUCGUUUGGUCGAGUCAUGCUGGUUAAACACAAAGAGUCGGGCCAGCAUUUUGCAAUGAAAAUACUUGAUAGACAGAAGGUAGUGAAGCUGAAGCAGAUAGAGCACACACUGAACGAGAAACGUAUCCUGCAGGCCGUCAGCUUUCCCUUCCUGGUGCGCCUGGAGCACUCUUUUAAGGACAACAGUAAUCUGUAUAUGAUAAUGGAGUAUGUACCCGGGGGAGAAAUGUUCUCACACUUAAGGAGAAUCGGUAGAUUUAGUGAACCACACGCCCGCUUCUAUGCAGCCCAGAUUGUACUGACCUUUGAGUACCUUCACUCACUUGAUCUCAUCUACCGAGAUCUGAAGCCAGAGAACCUGCUCAUCGACCACCAAGGUUACAUACAGGUAACAGAUUUUGGAUUUGCAAAACGGGUGAAAGGCCGAACCUGGACGCUCUGUGGGACUCCAGAGUACCUGGCACCGGAGAUCAUCCUCAGUAAGGGUUACAAUAAAGCAGUGGAUUGGUGGGCUCUGGGAGUGCUGAUAUAUGAGAUGGCUGCUGGUUACCCACCCUUCUUUGCAGACCAGCCUAUUCAGAUUUACGAGAAGAUUGUAUCGGGGAAGGUUCGCUUUCCCUCUCACUUCAGCUCAGACCUGAAAGAUCUGCUUAGAAAUUUGCUUCAGGUGGAUCUGACCAAGCGCUUUGGCAACCUCAGGAAUGGAGUCAAUGAUAUCAAGGGCCACAAGUGGUUUGCCACCACCGACUGGAUUGCCAUCUACCAGAGGAAGGUGGAAGCUCCCUUUAUUCCCAAGUGCAAAGGCCCCGGUGACACGAGCAACUUUGACGACUACGAGGAAGAGGAAAUCCGAGUCUCCUUCACAGAGAAGUGUGCAAAGGAGUUUGCCGAGUUCUAGUUUUUCAACGACGAGUAGGAAGAGAUAACGAGAGCGAGGGAGAGAGACAGGCAUUUAGAGAGUAAACGGGGGUCUGAGGAUGGGACGCGCUAGGGUGGACUGCUAACUUGCUUAUUUAUAAUGACGACAACAAUGUAAAAUCCCCCCUCCCCCCCUACCGCAGUGGAAAAUGUAGGCAAAGUGAAGAAAGAUCCAGCAGAACCAGCAGUGUUGCCUUUUCUGAUUGUUUCUCAACUGUUACUUGUUUGUUUUUAUUUAUCCCUCUUGUGUUUUGUGGCAGGGGCUUUGGGAGAACAGACGUAGGUUGUGGCUAUUCAGCUUGACUUGGAUCUUUCUGAUGGUGUAAUGACACAUUUUAAGUCUUUGCAGGUUUGGUCAUUGAUUUUCUGUUGAGGUACUGAAUCUGCUUGACUCCCCCCUCCCUCCCUCUCCCCCCCCUUUUCUGAGCGGGCCCACUCUACAGUCUUCAAGGAGUGAUUGUUGUAUCUCGUCACCAUGCUCCCUCCCCCCCCAUCUCUCCAUACUGAAUCUGUCCAAGCAAUACCAAGUCCAACAGAUGUGCCUAUCAUAAUGCCAACUGGUUGGAAAACUGCGUCGGAAGCAUUGGUGCAGAGCUUUGGCUGUGGUGGUGUCGGCCUUUAGUGACCGUUUCGGUUGAAAGCUUGGAAAAAAAACUCUGCGCCGGCCUUAGUCUGCUCAGUGUGGCAUGAUUAUUGGGUAGAUGAUGCACUCACUGUUUACAGGUGAAGCAGUGGGGACCUCUCUGAUCAAAAGGAUUUAUCAUAGUUAACUUUCAUCUAGGUCUUACUGCUUUUUGGGGACCUGUAAGGAAUGGUAAACAAUGAGCUUUGCGUUUAAAUUUGUCUUUUUCUUAGCUGGAUUUAUUAGAGCAUUUAAAAAAAAAAAGAAAAGAAAAUCCUACUGGUGAUCAUUUUGUUCUUUUUCUUUGUCGAUCUCUGUGCUUGCGUGUUAUUUAGUGCUCAAGAGUUGGUUUAAAAAGCUAUGAUUUAGCAGCGACUAACAUUGUGGUCACACUCCUGACUAUUGUUUAUUUAAUUCAUAGUACUUUUAUAUAUAU